AUGGGGAGUGAAGAGAAGCUCCAUGAUCAUGAAUCAAACGAAGAUUUCGUUUGCAAGAAGCACGUAAAAUUCUUUAAACGAUGCUUGGAUAUACUACCAUCAGCAUACUCUUCUCUAGACACCAGCAGGUUUGUUUAUCGUUCUCAACUAUUCUGUCGAUCACUCUGAGCUUUAAUUCAAAUGUCAAUACGAAUCGUAUAUAUAUAAUAUAAACUAAGCUAAAAUCGCAAAGCUAAUACCGUGUGUACUAAUUGUUGUAACAGUUUUAUUUUAGCAUAGGCUUGCUCAUUGCAACUAUGUCAGUGAUGACGCUUGCAAUAGAGGCCUUAAAUAUUUAGGUGUACAAGAUGCAAAAAAUAGAAAACUUAAAGGGGCCCAUGCAGUCUUUGGCAAUAUCUGCAUUGUAUUUUUGUACAUGAUUACUCUGCAAGCUCUCUUUUGUUUAUUGGCCACGUAGGAGAUUGACUGCAUCAAUUCAACUGAUAACAGUCAAACCCGCUUAACAGACACCCGCUUAAUAUGGACACCUCAUUAUUACAGACAGUUUGCUUUGUCCCUGGAGAAAGAAAGCCCACAGUUACAUUUUCUCUAAAUUCAAGCCACUUAAUGCGGACAAUUUCUAUGGGUUUUAUGGUCGUUCCACCAACAAAUCGGUUUUCGCCACAUCCUUGUUUUGGUAACAUCUGGUAAGUCAUUCUUUGAAUAAGAACAAAAUUUCCUCAAGAAUCUUACUUUAACUUACGUUUUAUGUCAUUUCGGAUAUAAGAAAAAUCAGUGUCAAAGUAAGUUGUUUUGGUCAACAUCUUAGGACCUAUAGAAAUCAUUUUUGAAUAAAAGAACAAAUCAACUGCAGACUCCAGAAUUUUGAUAUAAUAGUGGGACACUUACAUGAUCUACUAUGAUUAAGUACCAAGCAAAAAGUUUUUUUUUGUUUGGUUCGUCAGAAUGCUUAACUAUUCAAUUUGUCGUCAAGUCUUACGUAAACUUUUAGUAAGUAAAAUAUAACAAACACAAAAUCUAUGUUGGUAAACCAUGAGUGAAAGACGUUAACAAAUCGGGUGACUUAAGAUGUACAGGACAUCUCAAGAUGUUCAAAACAGGGUGACUGUAACAAAGAUGCAUCAUUUUUCUGCUUUGAUUGUGACAGGGUAACUGUGGCUUUCUUUGCACUUUCUGGUCUUGAUAUUUUAAACUCACUCCACAUAGUGGAGGAAAACAAAAAGGAGAUAAUAGAAUGGAUUUACUCAAACCAGAAGCUGCCAGAUCAUACUCCUGGUAAGUUCAUAACUGCAGUUUUUAAAGUAUGACAAAGCUAAUAACUUUGAAAGAAAGAAUAAUUGUUAUCUUUAUGCUUUUCAAAACCUUUCUAUUCCCAACCUUUUUUUAUCGAAUCAUAUACUGGUAAGUGUAUUAUAUGGCCAAGAUUUCUUUUUUUGUGAGAAAAUUCCAGCCUCAGCUGAAACUGCAAAUGGCUGAAACGGUUAAUUGAAACAGCAAUUUGUACAAAGUUCAAAACAAAACUUAAAUCUUCCUUUGGUUUAGACUUCAAACACUCUCUUAUUUUUCUUAUUAACCCAUUCGCCCCUGAACCGCCCGUAACUGCCCGUGCGGAUCCAGGUCCUUUCUACCCUUUGUGACGUCAUCAGUUUUAAUGGUCAAGGACAACUUUCUUCGCUAACUUGUGUAGAGUGAAGAGAUCUUUCAAACCAUACCAGAAUGAGCACAAUUCAGUCCAGGACAACGGAGAAAGAAGCAAAAAACCAUGUGACAUUGACCUGAAAAUCUCCAUGAAAAUCUUGUUCCAUUGCCCACCUACCUUUCCUUUCACCUAAUCCUAAGAUCCUAAAAGCUUUCCUAAAAACUCUUCCCACCAAAAUGAAGCCUACUAAAUGCCCAGCAAGAGAAAAAAAAAUGAGGCAAGAAAAGCGAAAAAAGAAAGGAGGAGAAAAAGCGAAAAGUAAUAGUCAAGACUGCUGUGUCACUUUUAAACCCAAAAACUAUCUCGAACUUUUGCUUUCUGCGCUUGCCCGAACUUUGCAAGCUGAUGUUUUGCAUCUGGAUCAGAAGGCCGCCAAGUGUACGACCUGUAAACCGGUUUGUGGAAAGUUUUAGCUCUUUAUAGCACGACAGUGACCAGAAAACCACUCAACUAGCUUCAAAACGUGUUUUUCGGCAAAAUCUCCAGAAGCGAAUGGGUUAAGUUACUUUUGAAUUUGACCUAAUUUUUUUAACCAAACUUGCUAAGAUUUGCUGUGAUAUAAACUUCAAGGAUGUGUGUUGGAUAAGUUUACAAGUUGCUGCUAACAGAAAUAACUUAAGAGUAAACUUGGCAGCUACUUUAGAGUUUUAAAAACCUUCCAGAGCUGAGACCAAGAAUUUGAGAAAUUUUGGGAAAGUCGGCAUUUUUGUGUAGACAAUCCUAUAUUCUUGUAAGGUUUGUGGUCCUGAAAUGUUUAUGUUACUUUUGCUAUUUCAGCCGAUACAGACAUGACAAGGUGUGGGUUCCGUGGGUCAUCCACAUCAGCUCGUCAUAAGGUUCUAUCACAGGUGAGUAUAAAGCUUCCAGUUUUAAAUGUUGGCUUAACGACAGUUCCUUAGAGGUGUACAGCCAACUUAAAACACCAAUGGUUGUCUUUACACUAGGCUAUUAAGUAAGACUUAAGAGCUGCUAAGUUUUACUUAACCAAAAAUGCAUGUGUGAAGGCCUAAGUAAAAUCUCAAGUAACUUUACAUCUCAUUAAGUCGGAAAGUUGAUACUAUUCAAGAAAGUUUCAAGUGACUUGAAAACCGUCCUUAUGACCAAGUUAGCUGACUUGCAGUUUCUUGAGCUUUGCGAAAGGCGAAGUCAAUCAAUCUUAACGAUGUUGUGUGGGAAAAAAGCCUCAAGUUAACUUGAAGUAAAAAGAAUCGGUUGUGUGUGAAGCUUUAUUUUACUUGAAGUAAUUAAAACUUACUUGUCUUGAAAUAUUUCUUAGCUUAUUUAGGCUCUAGUGUAAAGAAUACCACUGUAGCUUCAACUAUAGACAAAAAAAUGAUAACGGUCUCUUUUACUCUUUUAUUUUUCAGGGUGUAUGUGAUUAUGAUUGCAGUCACAUUGCCAUGACGUACACAGCCUUGGCAAGUCUUGUUAUCUUAGGAGAUGAUUUAUCUCGGGUUAAUAGAUCAGCUGUUAUUGAAGGCUUAAAGGCCUUACAACUCUCUGACGGCAGGUCAGAAUACUACUGUACUCUAAUUCUGUCAGUGUACAGAAAUCUGUGUUAACCCAAACCAUCCCUUGUCUUGUCUACAUAUCUGCUUAAGCUUUGUUCUGACACCUCACUUAAUAUUUUAUAUAUAUAUUGGAUAACUAUCCAAUGAAGGCCAAAAAUGAUACAUCAUUUGGUUGCAUUGUCACUCAGAAUUCCCUUUUAAGUCACACCUAGCCAGCAAACAUGCUCACUUGUGUGAGGUCAGGGAAAAUUUUGGCGGCAAGUUAUUUUUUCCCGAACUCACACAAGUGAGCCUUGCUCUAACACAGGCUAAGUCACACCCCACCCUUCACAGUAGCCCAAGGGCUUAAGUCAAGAAGGGAGACGUACAGGUAAAUCAUACAUAAAAGCACCCUCAGGAUGCUAUUUUUAAAAAUGUAACUUUUGAACAUGCUUACAACUGUGCAUGAGUAAUAUGCCAAGGCUUUGCUUAGGGUCCUUAUUGUCGGCAUUGCAGGGUAUAGCUUAUAGCCUAAUGAGCCUUCUGAUACAGAGAGAUAUGAUGAUGAUGAUGAUGAUGAUGAUGCUGGGUAUGGCUUAAACAGGAACUUUAAAUCAAAUUUUCUGAGUGAAAAGAUACCACAGACAACAUCAGUUCUCAGUUGGUGAUAGUAAGAUGUGAGAAAUUCUUGACAUUCUACUUAACGUGUAAAUAUUUAAAUCUAAUUUUGCAGCUUUCGACCCACCAUGGAGGGUAGUGAAAAUGACAUGCGAUUUGUUUACUGUGCUUGUUGCAUUAGCUACUUUUUAAAUGACUGGAGUGGAUUGGAUACCUCUAAAUUAGUACAGUACAUCCGAAAAAGCAUGGUAAUUAUUCUUUUCUUGUUCAUAUAUAUACAGAAGAAAUUGUGACCCUGAGAACUAAUACAUUAACUGUUAAUAAAAAGUGCAUUGUAAUGUACUUUGAAUUCAUAAAAAGAUCUUUUGGUGAUCACUUUGUUAUGAUAUAUUUUAAAGUCUAAAAUGUUGUCUGUUUGACUGUUUGCUAGUCAUAUGAGUAUGGUUUCGGCCAAGGACCAAGCCUGGAAGCUCAUGGUAAGUUUUGUAUUUAAGUAUUACCAUCUUAGCAUUGUAUUGUUUUUGUUUAGCUUUCACCUAACAUGAUAAGCAUGGUCACAAAUACCUAUUUUGCUAUUCAGGGAUAACAGUAAUACUUGUAACAAGAAUUGGCAAUAAUUAACAAUUAUUGGACGAGGUUGAGCAAAAUAUUGUGAUUUGUCUGUGGCGAGCAGAUCAAUAAUUAUUAUUUGCCAAAGCCGAAGGCUGAGGCAAGUAAGAACACUGUAUAGUAAGAACACUGGUAAGAACACUGUACAGCUUUAUAGCAUCGACGCAGGGAUACAAACCUGAGUCAUAUUAGUUGGAAGCGAGUGCUUUCAUCACUGCACCACUCUUAGUCCCCCAAAGGACCCUAAUUAAUAAUAAAUGCGAGCUUCCAGUUGAAGGGAGAUCUAAAAGAGAUGUAGACCAGCUGCUGCCAUAUAUUAAGGGAAGAGGAUUAUUCAUUAAGGAUUUACCAAUGGAAUUCUUUGUGGGAGUUGUCCCAGCUCUGUGCAAAGCUGCUAUGGGAAGGAAUGUGGUCAGUUUUGGGGCAAAGACCCCUCUGAGGGGUAUGUGUGGGAACUGGGAUGUUGAAGGGAGACUGGGAAUAAGGUUUCUCCAAAGGGUGCAAUCUCUACAACAUUGUUCAUUCUCUGCUUAAACUAUAGUUUCUUUUCACCAGUAACUAAGUCUUCUUCUAACAUUGCAUGUAUUUUCAGGACACUAAAGAUAAUCAAAUUUUUUUUGUUAAAGGUGGAUCAACUUUUUGUGCAUUAGCAUCCCUUGUCUUAAUGAAUCAACUGGAUUCUUCCCUUGUGGCAGAUGAACUUGAACAAAUAAAGAGGUGGUGUUUAUUUCGUCAGAAGUCUGGAUUUCAGGGCCGUCCUAACAAACCAGUAGACACAUGUUAUUCCUUUUGGGUGGGAGCAUCAUUAGAGGUAUUUAAAUGGACAGUUUCCUGCAAGAAUAGGAAAAUUUACACUCUGUACUUUGGUAAAUUCCCAGGAAAUGUACAUCUACAUUGUGAAUAUGUAAAUCAAGUUAAACAAUGCCAUUCGGGGCUCUAGGCCAGUACUAUGUGGUCAUUGGUGGCUCCUGGCAGCUUACUUACAAGUAUGCCUAACUGUAAAGGAAUUCCUAGAUUCUCCCACAAAACUAAUUAUUCUAUUGCUAAGCAUUCUCCCUGGUUCUCUCAGGUAAUUAUAGCUUCCACACUCGCUACUUGUUUUCUUAAAUCAAAGUCUUGCUGCUGAUCAAAACAAAGUAUGUAGUUUUGAGAUCAAUUUAGCUUUCUAGGAAACUGCCCACCUACCCCUCCCCCAAGCUAACACGAACACUUACUUCUCACUUAGAGCAAAAUAUUGGCUUAGGGGAGGGAUAGGUGGGCAGUUUGAUCCUAGGUUUGUACAUCAUUUUCAUUUUUCUUCUCUAUAUUUAGUUACUAGGUGCAUUUUCUUGUGUGGAUUUUCCAUCCAAUCGCGAGUACCUCAUGUCAACACAGGCUCCAGUCACUGGUGGCUUUAGCAAGUGGCCAGGGAACCACCCAGGUAAGUAUUAUGUACUUAGAUCUAACAUGAUCAGUUAGACUCUGUAUACAUAUUUCGAAUGAAAUCAAAGUCACCACAUUUGCUUUUCAUGAAACGAAAUCUAAGAGAUGAAAGUGAUGAUUGCAUUACAACCCUCCUGUUCAAAUUUGACAAAUUAUGUUAGUCUUGCGAUGAUGGCAAAGAAAUCUGCCAAAAAAGUGUGCUGCAUGUUCAGAGUUUUUGCUUUGCUUAUUAAACCUGUUGCUUUAAUUAUUUUUGUUGUUUCCAUUUUCAUUGUCAUGGUUCGGCUUGAGCUCACUAGAGUGUUAUGACACAAAACAAAAUAAUUCUUGAUAACUUCAUUCUAGUUUUACAGCCUCCUUUAACACAGUAAUAUAGCUUUCAUAUUUAUCAUUUUUUAUAGAUGCAUUACAUACGUACUUUGGACUGUGUGGUUUGUCAUUGAUGAGUGAACCAGGACUGCGAAAAAUUCAUGCAGCAUUGAACAUUACUCAGAGAGCUGCUGAUCAUUUGCAUCAAUUACACAGCAAAAUGAACAGAUGAUGGUCACUUGAAAAUGAUUUUAGGAGGUCAUGAUAUGCUCCCCUAGACUGUUCACAGUCCCCUAUUUUUUCAUAAGAUUGCUGAGAACAAGCACUGUAGGUGACCAUCUUGACCUGAAAAUGACUAUCUAAUCUACUCAGGGGGUGAACACAGUUUGGGAUGCCUCACUCCCCCCACUACUAUCAACCCUGAUGCCCACUCUCCUUGGUUCAUUUGAACCCAAUUACAAAAUGGCUGCCAGGAUGGUGAGCACUGUCUUGAUCUUGACCAUCUUAUGGAAAAUUCCGGGACUGUGGACAGGCUACUGCACCCCUGGUAACAAAUUUUUGACAAAAAUUUUAUGUCAUACUGUGUCAAAGAAUAAUCGUAACCUAUUCAAAGUACUGCUGAAGAGAUUUAAUUUGAAUAGCCACACAACAGGAUUUCAUACACAGUAUCAAAGAUUUGGAAUGAGCAUCCUGUCUUCAUAAUUCUGAGACAGACAGUGUAAGUGUUAGUUUAAUAAGAUACAGGAGUCUUAUAGGCUCCAUAGGUCUUUUUAAUACAAAAGAACCAAAACCAUCAAGUUAGAACAUAACUUCAAGCAAUUUAUCAAUACCAUAACCUCAUUUAUUUGGAUCUACGUAUUUUUUUGUAUUCAGAAUCACUCCUUCACACUAAACGAACAUAAAUUUCCACACAGGUCUAUGGUUUAUUGAAAUUAUAGUUUUAUACUCAGCACCCUGUUGAGGGUUUAAGUUAUUAGUACAAAAUUAAUUAUUAUUAUUAUUAUUAUUAAAUGCUCUGCAAAAUAACAUGAAAAGUGAACUGUACAUGCACUUUCUAAAAACGUAGAUAGACAAACUGUAAACGAAGUGUUAAGUUAAAAAGAUAUGAUGUUGUUCAAUUUUACCCAAAAUUUCAUUUUCUUUUUCAAACUCAUUAUCAUAAAUCACC